CAGAAAUUGAGCAAAUACCAGGGGUCGAAGUUCGCGGAGGGGAGGCUGAAGCUCUCAACGGCUCGUACCGAGUGCCAUAAAAGGAAGCAAAAGUGCAACCAACAGCAGUCGUGUCAGAAUUGCUCGAGAAGAUAUCCUCCGCCUCAAUGCAUAUAUCGCAGGAAAUUUAGAACCAAUGGCCACACAGAUGGCUUCAUGAAAGAUUCAACUCCUUCCAGUAUUGGAUCCAGCGCAACCAAAGCCCACUCAACCAGAGACAACCUGCAUGUCUCUUAUGUGGAAAACCUAGAUGACUUUAAUCCAGACUCAUACCAGAAUUCUUUGAACACAAUAAUCACCCGAAUGUCUGACGCUGUUGUUCCUGAAGACGGAGAAGGGUAUAAACGACCACUGCAUUCCCACCCAGGCCCCAAUCAUCUUUUGGCUCCCUUAUCCAACACCGUCUCCGUUGAACCCCUCCAAUUCCUCGGCAUCACUCCCACAGCCGAGAAAGCAGCAUUGCUAAGUGCAUUCGUCAAACUCCUGACCAAAUACACCGUCUCCCUAGACGGUCACGCAGUCCCCAAUUACUACAAUUCGCACUUCGUGCCCUGGUCCCUCAAAUCCCCUCUUCUCGCCACCCUCUCAAUCUACACAACAGCAGCCAUACAGUCCGAAUCUCUCAAAGUACCACCAAACAGCAACCCUCUUGUCCUCUCCUACAAACUAACCGCAAUCCAACUCCUCAACGAGAAGCUGAGGAGUGAGAAAGGACUGGACGAGCAAGUGGGAAACGAAGCAAUAUGUGCAGUUGCUAUUUUGGUAAGUAUGGAAUGGUACUGGAGCGAGUUUGAUGUGAUUGAGAAGCAUUUGAAGGGCUUAGUGGAGAUGGUCAGGUUGCGUGGUGGACUAGGAGAGUUGGGCCUGCACGAGUUCUUGAAACGGAUGAUUCUGAUUGUUGAUUACAAUAUUGCGACGACAUACGAUCGCGAGCCAUCCAUUCCGCACAACGUGGUGCUCCUUCCUCCCCACCCAGCUCAUGUAAUGGCGCCGCUGCUCUCCUCCUGCGGAAUAACUUUUCAAGCUCACCAAGAAGUGCUGGGGAUAAGUAAGGAAACGGCAGUUACUCUGGAUAAUGUGAAAUUCCUUCUUCUCGCAACGGUAAAAGGGGUUGAUCGUCCCAUGACUUUACAAGAUCGAUCAAAACUACGAAGAACCGCACUCUGGACUCGAGACUGGCUCGCUAAUCUGCCCACCAGUCAUGAACCUGACAGCCAUUUAUUACAAGACUUUGUAUACCAAAGCUGUAGGAUAGCAGCGCAUAUCUACUGCCGCGCCAUCGCAGAGCACACUUCUCUUUCCAAAGCAUAUGGGAUCCAAGAUCUAGCUCAGCUCUGGGGAAGUGUUUGGCGAGUAAGCUUGAGCAGAUGGAAGCAGCUCCCCGGCAUCUUUCUCUGGGUACUACUCAGUGCGAUUCAAGCCGAGGAGGCGACCCCAUACGGAAGAUUUUUAAAGAGUAUGGUGAAGGGCGUGAUGACUUAUUUGGCUGUUGAUCACUGAGAUGUCGUGGAUGCUGCGGGGAUGGGCUUUGUGAGGCUGCAGAGGUGGCUGAGGAGUAAGAAUUAUGGGGAUGAUGGGGAAGAGGUGAUAACUGAG